AUUGUCUUAAUGCAGUUUCUUCAUACCCACAAUCAACUCAUUCUCAUUUCCUACACCUCUGUUUCUUCCUUCCUUUCUUCCAAUAGCCAAAAACAAAAAUGGGUGUAACUACUUUUACCAAAGAGUUCACCACCACAGUAGCACCCAGCAGGAUGUUCAAGGCUUUGAUCCUUGACUCCCACAAUCUCAUCCCUAAGCUUCUCCCUCAAUCCAUCAAGAGCAUCGAGUACGUUCAAGGUGAUGGUGGUGUUGGAAGCAUCAAGCAAACUAACUUCCCUGAAGGGGGUCACAUGAAGUGCUUGAAGCACAAGAUUGAUUCACUUGAUGUCGAGAACUACGAGUGCAAGUACACUUUGAUUGAAGGCGAUGCAUUGGGCGGCAAGCUUGAAUCUCUCUCUUAUGAGGUUAAGUUUGAGGCUAUUGGUGAUGGAAGUAAGGUGACAAGCACAAGCUACUAUCACGCCAAGGGUGAGAUUGAGCUCAAUGAAGAGGAAAUGAAUGCUGGAAAGGACAAGGCCAUGGGGAUGUUCAAGGUUGUCGAAGAAUACCUCCUAGCAAACCCUGAUGUUUAUGCUUGAACCGAGUAUAUUACUAUUGAGUUACUUCUUUAUUAUCUGUUCCUUUGUCAUGUAUUUGAAGGUGUGAAUUUUCAAUUUCUUUAAGUUGUCAUGUAUUUGAAGGUAUGAAUUUUCAAUUUCUUUAAGUUGUUUGAAGAGCUACCUUAGCUUGAGAAUAAGAUCCCCAAAUUCCUGUGACACUAAUAUUAUGUGUAGCAAGUCUCUUGAUUCAA